UUCCAUUGAUGUACGGUUUGUAAGAAUAGGACAAUAUUUCAAAAUAUUGAGAAAAUCGCCUUUUAAAGUUGUCAAAAUAAUUCAUUAGCCACUGCAUCCACCCACAAAAAUAAAGUUUUGAUAUAUUUAUGGUAGGAAAUUUACAAAAUAUCUUUAUGGUACAUAAGAAAAAUGUAUAAUUUUGACCUGUUUAUUUGUCUUUUGCUACAAAUAUACAUGUGCUACUUCAAAUGUAAUUCAUGUUAUAAAAUACUACAUCUCUGUCCCACAGGUGUCAUCCCAUUCGAUGGCUUUUCAAUGUAUGUGGCCCCUCUGUGUUUCCUAUACAACGAACCGUCCAAGUUGUACAGUGUGUUCAGGGAGAUGUACAUUCGCUACUUUUUCAGACUGCACUCGAUAUCCUCACACCCGUCUGGUUUAGUGUCUCUGUGCCUGCAGUUUGAGAGAUUACUGCAGACUCAACUUCCUCAGCUUUUCUACCAUCUACGAGAGAUAGGGGCCCAGCCAUUACGUAUUGCCUUUAAGUCAGGGCUCGAAAUUGCGACCAUUUUGGUCGCAUAUGCGACCGAAAUUUAAUCUGUGCGACCUUAAAAUAUAUUUGGGAGCAUUUGUGCCACUGCCCAUUUUGUUGUGACGCCAGUUGAUUGUGAUCCUGCGUGCUGGCGCUGUCCCAGGUUCAGUGUUCUCUCCAACGAUACAUAACCAAUCAUAAUACACCUUAAACUUCUUGCGUUUAAUGAAGACCGCAGAUUGGCUAAUAUGAGCGUCAGUCAUUCCUUG